UGGCUCUGUCCCUGCUCAUAAGAUGUAACCAUAGCCCCAUUCCAUGCGUGCAUAAACCAUGGACGAGAUAAGAGCUUCAACGCCGCCGCUGCAAGACGACGGAGCAGGGAGGUUUUCUGGCUGGAAAGAAGAAGCGUCGGUGAUGGAUCGCGUUAAGAAGGGGUGCAUGGCCGUUUAUGCGUCUUCUCAAGAGGCACUGCGUUAUGUCAAAGCUUUUUUCGUUGGCUGGGGGAAGAAGAUGACGGCGAAGAGCGAGAAGGAAGCGGCGGAAGCAGAUUUGAAGAUGGCUAAAAUGCAGGUUGAAGCUACUGAGGCCGCAGAGAACACCAAGAAGGGAACUUAAUUUGCGCAUAAUAUUCUAGAAUGAAUCAUCAAAAGUUUAGCCCUCCCCCUUGUAACCAUUUCGUCUUACAAUUUUUCAAAUUUUUGUAAAUUUUUUAUAAAUGCUAGGUUCAUAUUUCAUUAUAUG